GAUUGGCUGACGGCUGGAGUGAAUUUUUUUGGGUCAAGUUGGUGUCAAGUUUGGUUUUGUGGUAAUUUUGUCGCACAAUCCCCAGCUGGGUCAACAGUUGCCGCUAGUUGUCAAAGCGUCGUCCAGCUACUAGGAAGGGCAAGCGUGGACGCCAGCAUUCGCGUGCUAUGAGCCUGUGUUGGAGUGAAAGAGUUUCAGAUCCUAAAAGAGGGCGCCAUCGGAUCUUUGAAAUUUCGCAGCUGGAUGGGAGUCUAGCCUGAAGCGAGAAUUGUACUUUGGAGCAGGGAGUGGGGUGGAUAUGGCUGGAGAAGGACGCUCGAAUCUGGGGAUGAAGAUUGAGGGUUUGCCCUCAACCCCCAAAAAUGCUAUGGAGUGGAUCGGCAACCUGUGGAACGAUGCAGCGAAUAUAGCCCAGCAAUCAGUGUCAAAAUGGACACAGGGUAUGCAGACCGGCAAACUAAAAAGUGGUGGCAACAAAAUUGCACCUCAACCUAUGGCAGAUCCAGAACAAGCAAAUGUUGCAGCUGAGCACAAGUUGGAGAAAGAGAUGGCGGCAUGGAGGCGCAACAGCCAGUGGAAAGUUGAUUCGCCUGCCAUUGAGGUGAAGGUGCCAAAGGAAGCCUUUUGUGAACUUCGUUCUCAGUUUAAGAUAGGACUUCCUCCUCACGCAGUGUGGAAUAUUUUGAUAGAUCCAGGGAAUAAACGGGUUUUCAAAAAUAUUAAGGAAGUGACGUCUCGCAAAGUGCUGGAGGAUGAUGGACAUAGGCAAUUAGUGGAGGUAGACCAAGCAGCAAUUUGGAGGUUUUUGUGGUUUUCUGGAACACUGAGCGUAUGUGUUCUAGUUGACCAGGACCGACGAUCGCAUCUGAUGAAAUACAGGCUUGCAAGGCAAGGUUUUAUGAAGCAAUUUGAGGGAUCUUGGAAAGUAGACCCUCUAUAUGUCGAUGCCCAGGGUAGCCCCUCUUCAGAAAAUGAAGCGGACAGAGUGGCAUCAAUCGUUUCCUUGGAGCAGGUGGUGCGACCCGCAGUCGUGCCCCCUCCUCCCUUCAAAAGCUAUGUCCGAGGAAUCACAACUCGGACAACAGAAAUGUUGCUGCAAGAUCUACAGGCAGAGGGUAAAAGACUGCGAGAACUCUCAGUGGAUUCUUCCGGAGUUGACCUUGAAACUUCUUCAAGUGCAUUUCAGGAUGAAGAAUCUAUGGAUGCAAAUUCGGACCAGUUGAAGAAACUUACGGGUAGCCGGCGGAAGCCAAGGAAGAGCAAGUGGAGGCUAAAAGAGGACUCAUGUCCCUGAACUCCACCAACGAAUUCUCCAGAGCAUCUCCAUUCAAGUAAGACCCAGACGUUUAGAAAUGCGUAGCUACUGUAGUUCUUUAAGUGCUAUUUGCCGAAAUCCUGGCUAAGAAAGCUGAGUCAUCACUAAAAGCUCACAUCCUAGUCUAGACUGAUAUGUGGUAUUCCAUGCUCAAGAAGUAUACUUCUUGAGAAGUGUGUUGCUGGUGGGCAAACACUUGCUCUAUUUCAUCCCUUAAUUUUACAAGAGGAGUGAUUUUGAUUACUUAUCACUCUGCUUUUGCACUUGCUCA